AUGGAAGAGAAUGUGUUCAGCGUGCAGCAGAUACAGCCCAACGUCAUCUCGGUGAGGCUCUUCAAGCGUAAGGUGGGCGGCCUCGGCUUUCUGGUGAAGGAGCGCGUCAGCAAGCCGCCAGUCAUCAUCUCAGACCUGAUCCGGGGAGGGGCUGCGGAGCAGAGUGGCCUCAUCCAGGCUGGGGACAUCAUUUUAGCCGUCAAUGGCAGGCCCCUGGUGGACAUGAGCUAUGAGACUGCGCUGGAGAUACUGAGAAGCAUCGCCUCCGAGACCUACGUGGUCCUCAUCCUGCGGGGCCCCGAGGGCUUCACCACUCACCUGGAGACCACUUUUGCAGGCGACGGGACGCCGAAAACCAUCCGUGUCACCAGACCCCUCUGCCCAACUCCAAAGGCAGUUGACUUGUCCAACCCAAGCCUGCACGGCAAAGAGCAGCCGCUGCCAGCAGCUGACCGCACCAUGGGCUCCCUGUGGACAAGAGAGAUCGGGCGGGAGGUGGAGCCGAUGGUCCACGUUAACGGCGUUGUUACCGGCAGCAAAGGGCAGGACGCUGGGAAGGGGAAGGAGGGUGCUUGUGGUCACCCUUGCCUCAACGGUGGUGUGGAAGACAAUGAACUGCUCAAAGAAAUCGAGCCUGUCCUGGAUCUCCUGAAGAGCAGCAGUAAGGACAGCGAUGGAGAUGCACCCUCCAAGGUAGAGACAAGAGAUAUAGAAGUCCAGGUGGACUGUUUCAGAGAAGGGGAAAACAAGCUGCAGAAAGCCUUACCGGCUCAGAUGGAGAAUGACCGUGUCUUCGGUGACCUGUGGGGGAAGAGCAACGUGCCCAUGGUCCUGAACAACCCCUACUCUGAAGCUGAGCAGCCACCACCAUCUGGGCGGCAGUCCCCAACUAAGAACACAGUGAAUGGAAGUCCUUCCAAAUGCCCGCGGUUUGUCAAAAUCAAGAACUGGGAGACAGGCUCAGUGCUUCACGACACUUUGCACCUCAAGACGGCGAUGGCCACUGCGUGCACCGAGCAGAUCUGCAUGGGCUCAAUAAUGACCCCUAGCCAGCACGUCCGCAAGUCAGAAGAUACCAGGACAAAAGAGGAGGUGCUCCUCUUGGCUAAGGACUUCAUUGACCAGUACUAUUCUUCCAUAAAGAGAUCUGGCUCCAAGGCCCACAUGGAAAGGCUGGAGGAAGUGACCAAGGAGAUUGAAGGCACUGAUACCUACCAGCUGCGGGACACAGAGCUGAUCUACGGAGCCAAGCAUGCCUGGAGAAAUGCAGCCCGCUGCGUGGGCAGGAUUCAGUGGUCCAAGCUGCAGGUGUUUGAUGCCCGGGACUGCACCACAGCCCAUGGGAUGUUCAAUUAUAUCUGCAACCACAUCAAAUAUGCCACCAACAAAGGGAACCUCAGAUCUGCUAUUACCAUCUUCCCGCAGCGGACGGACAGCAAGCAUGACUUUCGCAUCUGGAACGCCCAGCUCAUCCGCUAUGCUGGGUACAAGCAGCCUGACGGCACUAUCCUGGGAGAUCCCGCAAACGUGGAGCUGACGGAGAUCUGCAUUCAGCAAGGGUGGAAGGCACCGCACGGGCGCUUCGAUAUCCUGCCUCUGCUCCUCCAAGCCAACGGCAACGAUCCGGAGCUCUUUGAAAUCCCCCCAGAACUUGUGCUGGAAGUGCCCAUCCGGCAUCCCAAGUUUGAAUGGUUUAAGGACCUGGGCCUGAAGUGGUAUGGUUUGCCAGCUGUUUCCAACAUGCUCCUUGAGAUCGGUGGCUUGGAGUUUUCGGCCUGUCCCUUCAGCGGCUGGUACAUGGGCACAGAGAUUGGGGUCCGCGACUAUUGUGACAACUCUCGCUACAACAUACUGGAGCAAGUGGCCAAGAAAAUGAAUCUGGAUAUGAGGAAAACCUCCUCGCUGUGGAAGGACCAGGCCCUGGUGGAGAUCAACAUUGCUGUGCUGUACAGCUUCCAGAGCGACAAGGUGACCAUUGUGGAUCACCACUCAGCCACUGAAUCCUUUAUCAAGCAUAUGGAGAACGAGUACCGAUGCCGUGGAGGCUGUCCUGCUGACUGGGUGUGGAUUGUCCCGCCAAUGUCCGGCAGCAUUACCCCAGUUUUCCAUCAGGAAAUGCUCAACUACCGUCUCACACCUUCCUUUGAGUACCAGCCGGACCCCUGGAACACCCACGUCUGGAAAGGGGUCAAUGGGACGCCUACCAAGAAGAGGGCCAUUGGCUUUAAGAAGUUAGCAAAGGCCGUGAAGUUCUCAGCCAAGCUGAUGGGACAGGCCAUGGCCAAGAGGGUCAAAGCAACCAUCCUGUAUGCCACUGAAACAGGGAAGUCGCAGGUCUAUGCAAAAACUCUGUGUGAAAUCUUCAAGCACGCUUUCGAUGCCAAGGUGAUGUCCAUGGACGAGUAUGAUAUCGUGCACCUAGAGCAUGAAACCAUGGUCCUGGUGGUCACAAGCACAUUUGGCAAUGGAGACCCACCUGAGAAUGGAGAGAAAUUUGGCUGUGCAUUAAUGGAGAUGAAGAAUCCCAACUCCAACCUGGAGGAGAGGAAGAGCUACAAGGUCCGUUUCAACAGCGUCUCCUCGUACUCGGAUGCACGGAAAUCCUCAAGUGAUGGCCCUGACUCCAGGGACAACUUUGAAAGCACGGGGCCCCUGGCUAACGUCAGGUUCUCCGUGUUUGGGCUGGGGUCACGUGCCUACCCCCAUUUCUGCGCCUUUGCCCGUGCGGUGGACACCCUCCUGGAGGAGCUGGGCGGAGAGAGGAUCCUCCGCAUGGGAGAAGGGGAUGAGCUCUGUGGCCAGGAGGAGUCCUUCAGGACCUGGGCCAAGAAGGUCUUCAAGGCAGCGUGUGACGUUUUCUGCGUGGGGGAUGACGUCAACAUCGAGAAAGCAAACAACUCCCUCAUCAGCAACGACCGGAGCUGGAAGAGGAGCAAGUUUCGCCUGACCUACGUGGCUGAAGCCCCGGAACUCACACAAGGACUGUACAGCAUCCACAAAAAACGUGUCUAUGCAGCCCGGCUUAUCACACGCCAGAACCUGCAGAGCCCGAAGUCCAGUCGCUUGACAAUUUUCCUGCGCCUCCACACCAACGGACACCAGGGACUGCAGUACCUGCCUGGGGACCACCUGGGUGUGUUUCCAGGGAACCACGAAGACUUGGUCAAUGCCCUAAUCGACAGGCUUGAAGAUGCCCCUCCAGCCAAUCAGCUGGUGAAGGUGGAGCUCCUGGAGGAGAGGAACACAGCUCUAGGUGUCAUCAGUAACUGGACAGACGAGAACCGUGUCCCACCAUGCACCAUCUUCCAGGCUUUUAAGUACUAUUUGGACAUCACCACCCCUCCCACACCCUUGCUGCUGCAGCAGUUUGCCUUGCUGGCCACCAGUGACAAGGAGAAGAAACGUCUGCAGGUCCUCAGCAAGGGCUUGCCGGAGUACGAGGAAUGGAAGUGGUCCAAGAACCCCACCAUCGUGGAGGUGCUGGAGGAGUUCCCCUCAGUGCAGAUGCCCUCCACACUGCUGCUCACACAGCUCCCUCUCCUCCAACCGCGUUACUACUCCAUCAGUUCCUCCCCAGAGAUGUACCCAGGCGAGGUCCACCUCACCGUGGCAGUGGUCUCCUAUCGUACAAGAGAUGGAGAAGGACCAAUCCACCACGGAGUCUGCUCCUCUUGGCUGAAUCGGAUACAGACUGAUGAAGUAGUGCCCUGUUUUGUAAGAGGUGCGCCCGGGUUCCACCUGCCCCAGGAUCCCCAGGUGCCCUGUAUCCUCAUCGGCCCCGGCACCGGCAUCGCCCCUUUCCGGAGCUUCUGGCAGCAGCGGCUUUUUGAAAUCCAGCACAAAGGUCUGAAGCCUUGUCCUAUGGUCCUGGUAUUUGGCUGCCGACAGUCCAGGAUCGACCACAUUUACAAGGAGGAGACGCUCUUUGCCAAAACCCAAGGUGUCUUCAGAGAGCUGUACACAGCCUACUCCCGGGAACCGGACAAACCAAAGAAAUACGUGCAGGACGUGUUACAGGAGCAGCUGGCCCAAACCGUGUUCAAAGCACUGAAGGAGCAGGGAGGCCACAUCUACGUCUGCGGGGAUGUCACCAUGGCCGGGGACGUCCUCAAGACUAUUCAGCGCAUCGUGAAGCAGCAGGGCCAGCUGUCGGUGGAGGAGGCAGGCGCUUUCAUCAGCAAGCUGCGGGAUGACAGCCGGUACCACGAGGAUAUUUUUGGAGUCACCCUGCGUACGUACGAAGUGACUAACCGCCUUAGAUCUGAGUCUAUUGCAUUCAUUGAGGAGAGCAAAAAAGAUACGGAUGAGUGA